CUCUCUCUCUCUCUCUCUCUCUCUCUCUCUCAGCAUUCUCUGCUUCUUUUCCUAUGUAGAUAGACAAGAAAGAAAGGAAGGAAGAAAGAAAGUAAACAAUUUUAUUUUUUAUUUUUUGGUUGAAAUUGAUAAUAACAAUAUUGUUAUUAAUAAAUAAGAAGAACAAUAAUUAUGGGGUGUUUUGGCUGCACUGGAGAAUCAAGCAAGCGAUCAGAGAGGAGCAACAGUAGUAGCAUUAAACGCAACGAUCAAACACGACCCACUUCAGGAUCAUUGAAAGUAAAGCCAGUUGCAAAUUUAAAGAAAGAGGAGACUUCUAAUGAUGAUCAGUUAUCUUUGGAUGUAAAGAAUUUAGAUUUGGUGGAUGAGGUUUCUAACAGUGCGAGAAACAAUGGGAAGCUGGCCCAAACAUUUACCUUUGAAGAGCUUGCAGCCGCAACAGGCAAUUUCCGGUCAGAUUGUUUCUUGGGUGAAGGAGGUUUUGGUAAAGUUUACAAGGGGCAUUUGGAUAAAAUCAACCAGGUUGUUGCUAUUAAGCAACUUGAUCCAAAUGGCCUUCAAGGGACUAGGGAGUUUGUAAUUGAAGUAUUAACAUUAAGUCUAGCAGAUCAUCCUAAUCUUGUUAAGUUGAUUGGUUACUGCGCCGAGGGAGAUCAGAGGCUGUUGGUGUAUGAGUACAUGCCAUUAGGAUCUCUAGAAAACCAUUUGUUUGAUCUUCCACGAGAUAGGCAACCACUUGAUUGGAACACAAGAAUGAAAAUCGCUGCUGGUGCAGCAAAGGGUUUAGAGUAUUUGCAUGAUAAAAUGAAACCUCCUGUUAUAUAUCGCGAUCUGAAAUGCUCCAACAUUCUGGUUGGUGAGGGUUAUCAUCCAAAGCUGUCUGAUUUUGGCUUGGCCAAAGUCGGACCCAGUGGGGAUAAGACUCAUGUUUCUACAAGGGUUAUGGGCACAUAUGGAUAUUGUGCGCCAGACUAUGCAAUGACAGGUCAACUAACGUUUAAAUCAGAUGUUUAUAGCUUUGGGGUAGUUCUUUUGGAGCUCAUCACAGGCAGGAAAGCAAUUGAUCAAACGAGGGAUCGUAGCGAGCAGAAUCUUGUUGCUUGGGCACGGCCAAUGUUCAAAGACCGGAGGAACUUUUCCCGCAUGGUUGACCCUUUACUUCAAGGUCAAUAUCCUGUGAGAGGAUUGUAUCAAGCUCUGGCCAUUUCUGCAAUGUGUGUUCAGGAGCAGCCUAAUAUGCGGCCUGCAAUAUCAGAUGUAGUAAUGGCUCUGAAUUAUCUGGCUUCCCAAAAAUAUGAUCCCGAAACUGAUCCAGUGCAAGGUUCCCACAAGAACUCAUCUCGUUCCGGGCAGAAGAAAAAUAAUGAUAGAAGCGCAGGCGACGAUUCUCCAGAUCGUAAUGCAGAAGGCGAAAUAAAUGGUUGAUAGGUUUGUGUAGUGUUUAUAAAGGAUGCCUGGUAUCAAUUUUUGUAUCAUGGAGAUAGCAGGCAGUAACAUCCUUGGACUUCUCAUACAGGAAAUUUCUGUCAUUUUUUUUUUCUUCUCUUCUGCUGUAAAUUGAGCUGUGAUUCUUGUAUGUAAGAUGCAGUCUCUGUAGGAACCAUUUUCGUAAUUCAAUAGACUAGCCUUUGAUUAUUCAUAGUAAC